AUGGCAGGCGCACCUUCAAAAUCACGAGAACUAGGAAGGAUGUUGAUGAAAAUGAAGACAAUGAUGGCUCGCCAAUUGAGAAACUACGACGACAAGCUGGUAGUAGGUAAGACAUGA